CUCGCGCUGCGCGAUAAUUUGCCGGAUUGCGACGCGCGGCGUGUGUUCGGCGCGAGGAUGUGAUCAGACGGGGAUCUGCGCUUUUCUCGCUCCGCUGCCUCCACACCGAGUCGCUCAUGAUGCCCAGGGCUCUGCGGAGGCUGCUCCAUCUGAUGCUCUUCUGCCCCCUGUCCAAAGGCCUGCAGAGUCGUCUGCCGGCCAUCAAGGUGAAAUACCUUCUGCUGGCAUGGCUGGGCAUCCUGAUCGUGGGCUGGGUGGUCUACAUGCAGUACGCCUCGUACUCGGAGCUCUGCCGAGGCCACGUCUGCCAUAUGGUCAUUUGUGACCACUACAGGAGAGGCAUUAUAUCAGGCUCGUCCUGCAAGGCAUUGUGCGACCAGAGAACGCUGACGUUUCACCGAUGCAUGUCCACCUCCUCCACACAUCAGGUGUAUGUUGGCCUGUGGAAGGAGCGGCCUGUUGUGAUUAAAUGUGGCAUUGAAGAUCCGGUGAAAAUUGACGGCGCACCGGACUCUAUAUUACGACAGGAGAUGACCUUAUUUGACAAACCCACUCGCGGGACCUCCAUGGACGAGUUUAAAGAGAUGCUGCACAGUUUCCUCAAGGCUAACCUCGGCGAGCAGCCCUCUCUGAACACCUUGGUGGACAGGAUUAUAACUCUGGCCGAUGUCAACUCGGACGGAAAGGUUUCCCUCGCCGAGGCCAAAUCUAUCUGGGCCCUGCUCCAGAUCAACGAGUUCCUCCUCAUGGUGGCGCUGCAGGAGAAGGAGCACACUCCCAAGCUGCUGGGCUUCUGCGGCGACUUGUACGUGACGGAGCGGGUGGGCCACAGCUCCCUGUACAGGAUCGAGGUGCCUCAUUACCUGAAGGCUCUGGUCCCGGAGGCCCUGAGCACCGGGCUGAACCACUGGCUGGCGCCGGCGUGGCCCCGCCGGGCCCGCAUCACCAUCGGCCUGCUGGAGUUUGUGGAGGAGGUCUUCCACGGCUCGUACGGGAGCUUCCUCAUAUGCGACGCCAACCUCCACCACGUGGGCUACAACGCCAAGUACGACUGCAAGAUGGCCAACCUGCGCAGCGUGGCGUCCGAGGCCGUGGUGCGGGGCUUCCUGAAGGGGCGGCGGUGCGAGACCAACGCCGACUGCACCUACGGCCGGGACUGCACGGCCACCUGCGACCGCCUGGUCAAGCAGUGCAACACGGAGGUGGUGCAGCCCAACCUGGCCAAGGUCUGCGUGCUCCUGCAGGACUUCCUGCUGUUCGGGGCGCCGUCGGACCUGCGCGGCGAUCUGGAGAAGCAGCUCCGCACCUGCGUGACGCUCAGCGGCUUGGCGAGCCAGAUGGAGGUUCACCACUCACUAGUCCUUAACAACCUCAAGACACUGCUGUGGAAAAAAAUCUCCAAUACCCAGUACUCCUGAAAACCGGCUGAGGUGAUCCUAAUAGUGAUUUUACAUUCGCAAAGAGGUAUUUUAUGAACUCGGGCAGUUUUUUGCUUUGCGAAGCUUUGCCAAAUGUUUUAGAGGGUUGUGAUUAGUCCUAUACUUUAACUCUUCAUUGACUGUGAAUAGCAAGAAACUGUGAACUACUGCAUAUACAAUGUGAACCAGGAAGUAAAAA